GGACACCAUCAGGUCCAAUGGCCUUCCAUGGAUUGACGCGCGCCUCACGCAACAUAUUUAGCAACAGAGAUCUCCGCGAUGCAUCACCAGAUAAAUGAACUGUCCUUUUCAUCUCAUCUAAAAUCUCUGGGCGGGAUUUUUUUUCUUCUCCUACAAACCCAAGUUUGUACAGGUCAGCCAGUAGAAGCAACUUUUGGUGAUGAUGUGAUCCUGCCAUGUCUCCUGGAGCCUGCCGAAGAUGUCUCUGGCCUUACGCUGGUGUGGUCCAGACUUGAUCUGGACCCCAGAUUUGUUCAUGUGCAGCGCAGUGGUCAGGAACUUGUGGACAAAAAGCAUAAACUGUUUGAGGGAAGAACUUCGAUGUUUAUUGAUGAGCAGAAACAUGGAAAUGUUUCCCUGAAACUCUCCAAAGUGAGAAUAUCUGAUGAGGGAACGUACAAAUGUUUUAUUCCACUGCUGAAUAAGCAGUCGUUUGUCCAACUAAUUGUUGCAUCAGAUGUUGCCUCCUCACCUGUUAUCAGUGUAGCUGGAAUCGACAGAGACAGCAGAGGACUGGUGUUCCUGUGCGAGUCUGCAGGCUGGUAUCCGAAACCCGAGGUGUUCUGGCUGGACGGCGAGGGAAACCUGCUCUCUGGAUCUACAGAGAUAAACGAAGGUCCUGAUGGUCUGUACACCGUCACCAGCACAGUGACUGUGGAGAAGAGAAGCAACUUCACCUGCAGAGUCACACAGGAAAAUAUCAACCAUCCAAGAGAGGGACACGUACAUCUUCCAGGUCCGAGUCAUUUUCCCUAA